AUGCGGCAGCCAGAGACCCGGCGAAAGAACUACAGUGGCCUGAGGCUUGUCUGCUGUAAAAGGGCUUUCCUUCUUUACAAGACUUCACUUCUGCUUUGUGCAAUUUACCGAGGAGGCAUGAAACAUUUAGAUGUGAUAGACGGAACGGUGGCCUCUGUCCCGGUAGAAGAAAGGCCGGCCCCUGCCAUAAUUGGCCGAGAAAUGCUGCUUGUCGUCAUGACGCUACGUCUGCCAGAUGCUGAAAUCUGGACAGUCUACACUGCCACCCCUGCAAUAGAUCAAGUGGAGAGCAGCCACCUUCAGGACUAUCUUUUGAUGUCAAAUGGCCUGACCCACAGCACACCCUGUGAAUUUUCACUUGCAGAAGAGCCGCUCCACUAUGUAGAUAAUAAAGUGUUAGAUCAAUUGUACGAGGAAGGAAUCGGCUUCACAGACAUGUCGACCAUUUUGCUGGUCUCAGCCUUCAUUAGGAGGAGCUACACAGAGCUUCAAGAGACCCCACGUUGUAUUCCUUGUAGAGCACUCAGAGCCAUGGACCAAUGGAGUGGAGACACCUGGACUUUGAAAGCUCAAUCGGCAGUCAUGCCAGUGCAGCGACAGGCUGCAUCAAGUGACCCCCACAGGGAUCAAGGCGGUGAUGCUGACAGCUUUGUGGAGAACCUGGAACAGCUCCAAGCGCAAGCAGAAGGGGCAAAUGCCACUUUGCUCACACCUGGGCAGCCGGCACUCGCCAAGGAGCAGUCUGACAGCACAGGUGAGGCGAUCAUGCAACUAGAAUCAGCCUUCUCCUUAUCGGUAUGGGACGUCAUGGUCAGAGUGGCCUCCAAUAAGCAGCUGCCCACUCCAUUUCAGGUUUCGGUACUGGAAGACGGCUCUGACCAGCCCCAGUCGCUUCUCCGCCUGAUUGAUUUGGGCGAGGUUGGCGGUGAGAAGGGAGUGGCAGUCCUGUUCAAGGCUUUGCAACGACCAACCGGGCCGCAGUACCACGCUCUCACAGCGGCACUCUGCCAUAAGAACAUAGAGCAAGUGGUACAUAUUGUGGAGGCGGCAGCAGAUGCUGCAUGCAAAGAAUCUAGAGUGCCACCCACCGCUUAUCACGGCGCACGAGCCGAUCCAUGGCAAGAAACCUCCCUUGGAGCCAUCCAGGACAGGCAGUGGAACAGAUGGGACUUUGCAUGCAGAGAGUAUGUGAAUGCGGCACGUAUAGCGGCAGCACAGACCUCAGAAUAUAACUGCUUGAGCUCGUUAGUCCACGAAGACCAUGGCGGUCAUUGGCCUAAGCAAUCGGUACCGCCG